AUGCGCGGCGGCGGCGACGUCUUGCGCGUCGGGACCGCGGCGUGGAGCGCCGCGAGGGACGCGUGGCGCGACCGCGCGGCGGCGUCCGCGCGCGCGCUCAUCGCGUCGCGGACGUCCGCGGCGAAAUCGCCCUCGACGAUCUCGACGCGUUUCGAGCACCUCGCCACCGGCUCGCAUCCGACGCCGACGCGGACGACGCGUCGUACGCGAGAUGGUCGAGACGUAUCAUCGGUCGACGCGCUUCCCCCGUGGCCGCCCGGCGCGUCGCCGCGGCCCGGACGCUCGCGACGGCACGUCAUCGACGGCGCGUUCGACGCGCGCGACGUCGCGCGGCUCGAGCGCGUCGCGGCGACCGCGCUCGAUCCGCUGCGCGAUCGCGCGCGCGGCGACGCGUGCGUCACGGUGGGGCGCGCGAGCGAGUCGCUGCUGGGCGAGGACGCGCACGUCGUGAUGACGCGCGUGCUGCGGGAGAUGCGCGUCGCGGCGGAGGACGCGCUGCGAGGGGACGAAGGCGGGAAGGAGGACGUCGCGCUGCAUCCGGUCGGGGGGUUGCUGACGCACAUACGCGCGGCGACGACCGGGGGCGACGGCGACGACGCGGCGACCGCGGCGGGCGGCGGACGAGAGGAGCACGGGUACUGGAGCCCGCACGUGGACAAGGCGAACGUCCCGGAGUACGAUAUCAGCGCGGUGCUGUACUUGUCCUCCGGCGCGGGAGGAGGGAGCGACGACGACGCGGACGCGGAGGACGCGGACUUCGAAGGCGGCGAGUUCGCGUUCCUCGACGGCGACGACGACGACGGGGUGAGAAGAAAACGCGUCGUGACGCCGCGCCGCGGGCGCCUCGUCGUCUUCAGCAGCGGCGAGGAGAACGUGCACGCGGUCGGGAAGGUGACGCGCGGGGGACGGUCGACGUUGAGUCUGUGGCUCAGCGGGGACGCGCGCGUCGCGGCGGCGGAGGAGUGAGCGUUUUUUUUUUCUUCGCUCCGCCGCGUUUGCGUUUGAGACGCGACGCCGGCGUUCUAGCUACUGUAGACUACAACUAGGCGUAUCGCGUC